AUGAGUGUGUUGGACAUGAGCCCAGAGAUGUUCGACGGACUGUAUGAGGAUUCUUUCGCUUUUCUGCUUGAUCCAGCUCUUUGCCCAAGCCCAUCGAAAAGACAAAGGACAACCAGCAGCAACUCCUCAAGAUCAAGCAUGUCGAGCUACUUCUACUCACCGCCGUCCUCUGAAUUCAACUUCAGCCCUUCCUUUCCUCCACAGAAUUCGUUCUCCGAGGAGGAAUACCCAUUUUUCGCGCCGACACCGCUGGAGUCAUUGCUUCCGGAGCAGACUUUUGGCGACUCGGGCGACUUCUUCUCUCCAGCACCAACUGGACCGUACUAUCAGCAAGAGCUCGAUUCACAAUGGAUGCAACCGAUGAUCUCCACAGAAAUGGCGCAAUCUUACCCAGCAUCGAUCAACGACCAUUUCAUGGAUUACCCACCGAGCUACGAUGGUCGACUUGAUCUGAUCACAAGCGCGCCAUCAUCGAUGCCGGCCCGAUGUCUUUCGGCCGAGGAGACUCUCACAUUGAGGGCCACUCGAGCUCAAUCGCUUCUAUCCAACGCAAGCUCCGCUCCCAGUCGGGAUUAUUCGAGAGGUGUCUCCCCAAGUGCCAGCGAAAUGUCGAAAUGGGGCCACAGGAAUAGUGAAGGGACUUGGUCCUGCGCUUACCCCGGUUGCUCCUCUCGAUCAACAUUCAGCAGAGGCUGCGAUCUCCGCAAACACUUCAAGAGACACACAAAGUCGCUAUUCUGCCGACAUGAGGGAUGUCCACAGUCGGUAGACGGCGGUUUCUCUAGCAAGAAGGACCGCUCUCGACAUGAAGCGAAACACAAUCCUGGAGUUGUGUGCGAGUGGGACGGAUGUGAGAGGCUUUUCAGUCGACAAGAUAAUAUGAAGGAUCAUGUUAGACGUGUUCACAAGCGACGAGCUUCAUAG